AUGAGCAUCAACGUCAUGUCUGAGAAAAAGGUAUCGGGUCUUUCCCUCGGCUUCAUUGGCUGCGGAACAAUGGGUGUCGCCGUUCUCUCAGGCAUCCUCGCCGCUCUCGCCACAGAAUCGAAAACCGCUCCUCCCUCUCCAUUCCCCUCGACACCAUCGACGCCAACCCACCUCCCGACCUCCUUCGUCGCCUGUGUAAAGCGUCAUGAAUCUGCUACCCGUCUAGGGAAAAUCUUCCCACAAGCAACCCUUUCCCCAUCAACAUCUCCACCAGUCACAAUCAUCGCUGGCGAUAACACCCGUGGCGCCCAACUCUCCGACAUCAUCGUCCUCGGUUGUAAACCUCAAAUCGUUUCUGAAAUCCUUUCGGUGGAAGCUACCCGCGAUGCUCUCAAAGGAAAGCUCCUCAUCUCCAUCUGUGCCGGUGUGACCCUCGCCCAACUUGGCGCCCUCGUCGAUCCUUCCACCCGAGUUAUCAGAGUUAUGCCGAAUACUGCCUCCAGAAUUCGAGAUUCGAUGACGGUCAUCUCGUGCGACCCAGCUGUUAUCCCCCAGGAAGAGAGGGAUUUGGUGUUCUGGAUAUUUUCACAGAUCGGACGGGCUAUUUUCCUGGCAGAAAAGCAUAUGGACGCUUCAACAGCGCUUUGUGGUAGCGGACCGGCGUUUAUGGCGUUGGUGUUGGAGGCUAUGGCCGAUGGUGGUGUGAUGAUGGGACUUCCAAGAGUCGAGGCCCAGAUGAUGGCUGCGCAAACAAUGAGAGGUACCGCUGGUAUGGUUUUGGAAGGAGAGCAUCCAGCUAUUAUUCGUGAGAAGGUCAGUACGCCAGCCGGGUGUACUAUUGGUGGACUGUUGAUUCUGGAAGAUGGAAGGUUGAGAAGUACGAUUGCUAGAGGAAUUCAAGAAGCAACAAGGGUGGCUUCGGGACUUGGAAGCAAGUGA